GGGGAGAUUAGUGUUAAAGGAAAGGGAAUAAUGACAACAUAUUGGGUGUUUGGAAAAGGUGUAUCCGUUAAUCAAAUUGUUCCACAAGGGCCUCUACAAGCUGGUGUACCACAAGCCACUUCACCCUCAUUACAACGUCAAGUAUCACAUCACACGUCAUUGGCGGCUGUGGUAUAUGGUAUGAUGCAGGCAUCGAAACGGUCGUCUAAUGUGAACACUACACGUUGGAGGCGUGCUAAGCGAUUAACAUUCACAUCUAUGUUAGCGUAUGUAAUCACAAUAGAAUCGCAGUCCUCAUAUCCUCUAACUCUCAAUCAUGUAUCACUUA